GCGUGCGCACGUCAACAUGUCAAAAUCCCUUCUAUCUUUGGUGGAAGUUUCACUUUAUAUGAGGAGAAAAAACAUCAAGAGAUGCAUACCCCCCCCCAAAUCUGUUGAUGGAACCUGAUACACGACCCUAGAGCAUCAUGAGCUUGGUCCUACACGAGCUCCUGGUCUGCUGCAGAGGUUUAGAGAAUGACAAAGCAACUGAGAGAAAGAAAGAGGCUGAUCGCUUCAGACAGCUCAUCCGGUCUCCUGACACAGUGGAGGAGCUGGAUCGCAUUUCUGGAACCAGAGCUGCUAAAAGUUCCAAGCAGCUCACCUGGAAUGCAGUCUUCAGGUUUCUGCAGAAGUAUCUGCAGAAAGAGACUGAGCUGCUCCAGUCAGGGAAAGCCAACGUGUCAGCCACCACACAGGCUAACCGUCAGAAGAAGAUGCAGGAGAUCAGCAGCCUGGUCAAAUACUUCAUCCGCUGUGCCAACAAGAGAGGGCCUCGGCUGAAUUGUGGUGAGCUCCUGAAUCAUGUGAUGGAGAUUCUGCGGAGCUCAUUCAGCUGCUCGGCCUAUGGGGAGGACUACAGCAGCAUCCUGCUCAAGAACAUCCUGUCUGUCCGCAAGUACUGGUGUGAGAUCACCCAGCAGCAGUGGCACAAUUUGCUGGAUCUGUAUUGUGGCCUUUUCACUGGUUCCUCCAAGGCCAUAAAUCGUGUGCUUGUGAGCAGGAUCAUCCACACUGCAGUCCAGGGCUGCUGUCUGCAGACUGAGGGCUUCAGCCAUACACUCUUCAGCUUCUUCUCCAGAGCACUGCUCAAUGCCAGGCAGGAGAGACACUUGGCAGUGGUGGAGCACUUGGUCUCUGCUCUGAACGUCUUCCUGAGGUCUGCUGCCAUGAACUGCCGUAUCAGGGUGUGUCGGCUGGGUGAGGAGCUCCUGCCCUCUGUGCUCUAUGUGUGGACACAGAUGAGGCCCAGCACCACUCUCAAAGAGGAGAUAGUAGAGUUCUUCAACCUACAGCUCUGUGUACAUCAUCCUAAAGGAUCAACGACACAAGACACAGGAGCCUACGCUGAGGACUGGGUCAAAUGGCAGAGUCUACUCUAUAACCUGUAUGAUGCCCUGGUGAGUGAGAUCAGCCAGAUUGGGAGCCGGGGGAAAUAUGCCACAGGGUCGCGCCACAUCGCUGUGAAGGAGAACCUUAUGGAGCUAACUGCAGAAAUCUGCCAUCAGCUCUUUAGCGAGGAUUGUAACCUCCAGAUUCUGGAGGUGACUCAGGCCCACCUCAGAGCCACCCAGAGAGGCAGUCCACACGGCACGCCCAGCAAGCGUAGACGCAUCGAGCUGGGCUGGGAGGUUCUCCGAGACCACCUGCAGCCACACCAUAGUGACUUUGACAUCAUACCAUGGUUACAGAUCACAUCAGUGUUGACCUCUAAGUACCCCUCCAUGGUGCCUGGCCAGGAGCUGGUUCCUCUGCUGUCCGUCCUGUGCCAGCUGCUGGGGGAGCAGCGGCGGGGUGACAGGGGGCCCUACGUGCUGCGCUGCCUGAGGGAGGUGGCUCGCUGCCAGGCCACACACCCAGAGAGGGCCCAAUCCUACAGGGUUGAACUGGGCAGGCUGUGGGGCCGUGUCUGGGCCCUGGCUCUACGGGGGGUCAGCUCCCCCCAGACUGAGGCCCUCAGUCUGGCCCUGCUGUCCACCAUCCUCCAGGGAGCCUUCAUUCCCAUUGACAGAGAGCUCUGGAAGCUCUUCUCUGGCUCGGCCUGCAAGCCCUCUGAUGCUGCUGCUCUGUGUUUGGCCCAGGCCCUUCUCAAGUGUCCUGUUCUUAAGAGCCUGGGCACUGGGUGGGACCAUGCAGGGGCUGUGGAGGGGGUCGGGCCACCCAGCCUCAAGGAGAACAUCAUGAGCUGGCUGCUGAUGAACGAACAGAGUGAAGAGGCAGAGGAGAGCUCAAGACCACACCCCAUCAUCUGCAGGGAUUUUCCUCAUAACCUAAUCCCCAGAAUCCUUGUGCCUUUGACCCUCAAAGACACCCGAGCUGGCAUUAUGUUUCUCCUUGGAGCAAAGGGACUUGAGAGUGCUGUGAUGCAAGAUCAAACACAAGUGGAAGUUAAAGGUGCCCUGAGUGAGAUUGAGAGCAUGUACCUGCAGUUCAGCUUUGACGAGAUGCCCUCUAACCCCAUGGUGAAAGAGAUGGUGUCCUCAGCCGGCACCCAGCUCACUGUUGUCCCCAGCCUAAAACACAAGCUGGAGCAGGGCCUCUUGUCUGUGGCUGACCACCUACUCAACUGCUACUCCCCAGAUUCUCAGACCACACCACCAGAAUGCCUGGUUCGUUGUUCAAGUCUCCUUACUGGCGUUUUAGCAGGAUAUGUCUCUACUGGUCUCCUGACUGAGGAAGAAGCCUGCCAUUCCCAACUCUUCCUAAAGGCCAAGGCACUGGUUCAGGAUUUUAGUGAGUACAUAUCUAAUGUGAAGGUGAAGAUGGCAGAGGAUGGGACAAUGACCACACUCAGGUCUGUCAUGCGGCUGUGCACACAGUGUGUCAACAGAGGGGUUAAGGACAGUAUGAGCUCUGUCUCUUGCAACUUGUUCAUGAAGAUUUUCCCUGCGAGACUUUUGACUGAACUGGCAGAAAUAUGCAAACUGUUGCUGAACAGCUCCUGUAAGAGAGGCAGUGUGGGGAUUGAGGAGGAGACCACAGAUGAGGACUGGGACAUGACGAGGACACAGGCUGACCAGCAGGAGGACAUUGACCUGUUUGAUGAUGGAGACGAACCACAGACCAGCACAUCUAAGGGGACUCACAGACAGAAUGUGGACCCCAAUGACACCCAGUGUGGUCCUGAUGCUAAAAGCCUACUGGCUGAGGAGCAUUUGGCCCAGCAGGAUUUAGCCAUCUUGGCCAGUCUGGAGUUCCUGUCCCUGUGUGUAUCGGCUGAGUUUAUCCACGGGCUCUCUUUCAAACCAGUGGAGGUCCGCCGCAAGUUACUACUGCUGCUGGAGCAGAUAGACUGCACCAAGCCACUACACCUCAACAUGUACCUGGUCCUUCUGAAGAAACUACCUGCUGAGGACACAUCGCUGGCAGCUGAAGAGUUUGACUCACUCCUCAGCCCUCUGGCGGAUCUUUGCUCAUUGUACCGCCAGGACCAGGAGAUCUGUGCUGCAGUGCUGCUGGGUCUGCUACCGUCUAUCCGUAGUCUGGGCCGUACUCAGGACCAGCAUAAUGACAUGAGACACGUCCAGGGAGCUCUGCUCCAAGUGGUCUCUGGAUUCUGCAUUUUGGGCAGAACGGGGAAAUGCACAGCAAUUGUAAAGGUGGCAUUAAUUCACUGUCUACUGGCUCUACUGGAGGCUGACCCUUGCUGUAAGUGGGCGGUCCUUACCCUGAGGGAGGAGGAGCUUCCAGUGUCCGUCAUCCUCCCGUCCCACCUGUCCGACUCUCACCAUCACGUACGAAUGCUUGCAGCCAUGACAGUGGAAAGGCUGUUCUUGGAGAUGACACCAGACAGCUUGGAGAAGAGAAAGAUGCUUCCUCUGAAAUGCCAGCAGACAGCCUUUGAGAACAUCUACCUGAAAGCCCAAGAAGGGAUGAGGGUCCAGAAGAACAGCUCUCCUGAAGACCUGAGUGACGAGACCUUUAACCGCAAGGCCACGCUGCUGAAGAGUGUGUCGGUGGUGCUGUGCUGCAGCCCCGUCUGUGAGAAACAGUCCCUCUUCGCCCUCUUCCAGUCCUACAAGGAGAACAACAUAGAGGAGCCGCUCAUCAAAAAGGUCCUGGGCAGUGUGUCCAGAGCUCUGGGCUACAGGAGUGUGGAGGCAUUUGUCAGCUCUCACCUGGAUUACCUGGUGGCAGAGUGGCUGGGCCAGCAUGGCUACACUCUGGAGUCCUUCCCAUACACUCUGCUCAACCACGCCACUCUCAAGGACUUCUACAGCUCCUCCUAUCAGGUCCUUAUCCCACACCUGGUCUUCCUGGAUGACUUUAAGCAGGUGAAGUCCAUCAGCACCCACCUGGGUAAGGACUGGAAGAAGCUGCUGGCCAACUGCUUCCCUAAGAUCAUGGUUAACAUCCUGCCCUACUUUGCCGUGUCGGGCCAGGAUGCCCAAGUGGCCCAGCAGAGAGAGAAGGCCCACAGGGUCUAUGACCUACUCAAGGACAGCAACUGCCUGGGCAAACCGCAAAUCGACAGCCUGAUUCACAGUAACCUGUCAGACAUUGUGGUGGAGCUGUUGAUGACCCUGUAUGAAGGGGCUGCUACUGAGGAGGGGGGCAGAGGGGACCUGAGAAGGUUCAUAGGGGAACUGGACCCAGCCCCAAACCCACCCUAUUUCAGCUCCUAUGUCAUAAAAGCCACACUGGACUAUCUCAGCUCGUGUCACAGUGCCAAUCUCAAGUCCCUGGUGGCCAUUUUAUCCAAGACUCCGAUCUCCAUCCAGAGGAUCUUACUGGCGGUGUGUCAGAAGGCAGCUGAGACGAUCAAUGCCUACGAGAGGCACCGCAUCCUGCUGAUCUACUACCUGUUUGUCAGCCUGCUGCUCAAGGAGGUCAAGGACGGCCUGGGGGGAGCCUGGGCCUUCGUCCUCCGAGACAUAAUUUACACACUCAUCCACCACAUCAACAGCAGGCCGGCCCAGUUGGACGAGGUGUCCAGCCGUAGUUUCUCCCUGUGUUGUGACCUACUGACCUCUGUGUGUCGCACGGCCGUGCAGUUCUGUGACGAUGCUGUGGAGAGCCACCUCCAGGUCAUUGUUGGUACUCUCACUGCCCAGGUGACAAACCAACUUGCUAUCUCACAGCAGGUGCUCAGUCUGUUGAAGUUCCUGGUCGUAGAGAGUCAGGACAAGCUGAAGAGUGCCAUCCAGAAGUUAGAGCCCUUCCCAGACCGACCUGAGUUCAGAGAGCUGAGGGCCGUGCAGCACACACUGAAGUACAGCACAGGGAAAUUCACUCUCAGACAGGAGAUAGCCCACUUCCUGUCUGUGGCUUCCUGUGACUCCCUGCCUCUGACCAGACUGGAGGGGCUGAAGGACCUGAGGAGACAGCUCCACAACAACAAGAGCCAGAUCAGACCGCUGCUGAGAGAGUGCCUCGCGGACCCUGAAGAGAGUGUGUUGGUGCUGCUGGUCCUUAACCUACUACAGCUCUGUAAGCUAGCAGCCAAUCACCCUGGAGGAAGAGACAUCUUAGAGGCUGCAGGGAGCUGUCUGGGAGAGCUGGGGCCUGUGGAUUUCUCCACCAUCGCUCUACUCCAUGGGAAGGACCAGCUCAAUGCCAGAGCUGUAUCACUCUUCUCUCCAGUGGAACCACAGUGGCUCUACAUCAUCCUGAACUGCAUCAACAACGCCCUCACACACCACUGUAUUGAGGUGAGGCAAGCUGCUGUCCAGAGUCUGAAGGACAUCUUGGCCACUCAGGCUGGAGCUGACUUCUGGGAGAUCCAUAAAGACAACCGUGACCCCAUGCUGGCUUACCUCAACCCUUUUAGAUCUACCAAGAAGAAGGUGGUCGGGAUGAGUGAGGAGGUGAGCUUGGUGGCUAGGGAGCGGUUGGAGAGCCAGGACCUGUGGGUGCCUGAGGCUGGCGGCCAUAAGGCCUGGUUGAAGACGCUCUGCAUGGUUCUGCUGGACAGUGGAGGGGUCAGGAGUGAGGCUCUGCUGCUUUCCCGGCCCCUGUGUCUGGUGAAAACAGACUUCUGCCAGAGGGUGCUGCCGCUCAUCAUCCAUGACAUCCUGCUGGGGGACUCUGACGGCUCCUGGAGGAAGCUCCUCUCCACACACAUCCAGGACUUUUUCACCAGCUGUUCCAGUCGUGCCCGGGCCUCCAGCCGCUCCACCACUCCUCUCCCCUCAGACUCUGGAGAGUCGGACAUCUCCAACCAGGGUCCGUUGGAUAAGGCCUCUCUGCGCACCAUGCUCUCUGUCAUUAACUAUCUGAGGCAGCAACAAAGACCUCUAGAAUCUGAUAGUAACUUGUGUGGUACGGUGUGCCACUCUAACUUCUGGUUGGAGCUGAACUACCUGGAGGUGGCCAGGGCGGCCCAGUCCUGCUCAGCCCACUUCACAGCCCUGCUCUACUCUGAGAUCUACGUAGACAAGAUCAAGACUAACAUGGAGGAGAACCGCAGAAAUCCGGCCAGAGCGUCGCGCAGAAUCACAUUUGAUGAGAGCAGUCAGAACUUCCCCAUCUUCAGUCUGACAGAGGAGAGUGUGAAAGACACUGGUAUCAGUCUACAGGACCUACUGAUUGAGGUGUAUCGUAGUAUUGGGGAGCCAGACAGUCUGUAUGGGUGUGGAGGUGGGAAGAUGACCAGCGCUCUCACCAGGAUUCGGACCUAUGAGCAUGAGGCGAUGUGGGGAAAGGCUCUGACCUCCUACGACCUCCACUCCAAUCUUCCUGAUGGCACACGGCAAGUGGGCAUUGUGGAGGGUCUGCAGAACAUUGGUCUGAGCAGUAUCCUGGCCACCUACCUGCGGGGUCUGGAGAGUGAGGGGGUGGAGUGGGGGGCGGAGCUAAGGGAGCUCAGGUUUCAGGCCGCCUGGAGGAACAUGCAGUGGGACUGUGACCUAUCAGAGAGGAAUGAGAAAUUGAACCCUGGCUUCAACGAGUCAGUGUUCUGCUCCCUGCAGGCUUUGAGAGACAAAGAGUUUUCCACAUUCGAUCAAACUCUUAAAUAUGCCAGGGGCAAUGAGGUGGAGGAACUGUGCAGAGGCAGUCUGGAGGCAGUGUCCUCUCUCUACCCUGCUCUACGGAACCUCCAGAGGAUCAGUGAGCUGGAGAGCAUCCGACAACUCUUCUCCAAGCCCCUGACCGACGUAGGCCUGGCCGAGGUGUGUUCCCAUUGGCAGCAGCACUCCCAGCUGCUGGCGGACAGUGACUUUACGCUGGUGGAGCCCAUCCUGGCCCUGCGCUCCGUGGCCCAGGAGACCCUAAUCUCCCAGGAGAGAGACCCUGAAAAGAACAAGUACCUCAGCACUGUCCUCACCUCCCACCUCAUGGAGCUCUGCCAACUGGCCCGCGCCGCAGGAAACACACAGCUGGCAGAGCGGGCAGUUUUCCAGAUGAAGCAGCAUGGCGGAGGAGGGGCGCGGGGCUCCACAGCGUCGUCAUGGCAGCUGGAGGAGGCCCAGGUGUUUUGGGCGAAGAGAGAGCAGGGUCUUGCUCUGGGGCUACUGAGACAGAUGAUCCACACUCUGGAGGAGCAGGUUAACUUUAACCCUGCCCUGGUGCCGGUGUUCACGGAGUGCCUGAGGCUGUGUGGGAACUGGCUGGCAGAGACGUGCCUGGAGAGCCCUGGGGUCAUCCUGGAGAAGUACCUGGAGAGGGCAGUGGAGGUGAUCGAGGGCCAUGCGAUAGGUUCAGACACCAAGCUGCAGAGCCAGAGGACGCAGGCCUUCCUGUCCCUGGCCAGGUUCUCAGAUGCCCAGUAUCAGGGCAUUGAUAACUACAUGAAGUCAUCUGAGUUUGAGAACAAACAGGCUCUGCUGGAGAAGGCCAAGGAGGAGGUGGACUUGAUGAGGGAGCGCAAGGUCGGCACCAACAGGUACACAGUGAAGGUGCAGAGGGAGUUGGAGCUGGAUGAGAGGGCUCUGUCCAACCUGCAGGCUGACAGAAGGAGGUUCCUGUGUAAGGCUGUGGAGAACUACAUCCAUUGUCUGGAGCAGGGUGAGGAGCACGACACCUGGGUGUUCCGCCUGGCCUCACUGUGGCUGGAGAACGCUGACGUCAAGAUAGUCAACGACAUGAUGAAGGGAGGUGUGAACAGGAUCCCGUCCUAUAAGUUUCUGCCUCUCAUGUACCAGCUGGCUGCCCGCAUGGGGACCAAAAUGUCUGCUACAGUGGCAGAGGAUGUGGGCUUCCAUGGUGUUCUCAAUGAGCUGAUCUGCCUGUCGUGUCUGGAGCACCCUCACCACACCCUCUUCAUCAUCCUGGCUCUGGUCAACGCUAACAAGGACGAGAGCUUCUCCCGCAGCCGCCUGUCCAAGAGCACCCCGCGCCAUUCCUCCCAACUGGACCUGGAGCGGUCUGAGGUGGCCCAGAGGAUAAUGAACAAGAUCAGGAAGAAGAGAGCCCAGAUGAUCAGAGGCAUAGAGGUCCUCUGUGAUGCCUACAUCACUCUGGCCUACAUGGACGCCAGUCGACACAAGACAGAGAAAAAAGCCAUCCUCAUCCCCUCUGACCAGCCCAUCAUGCAGAUAAAGAACCUAGAUGAUGUCAUCAUUCCUACAAUGGAGAUCAAGGUGGACCCCUCGGGUAAAUAUGACAACCUGGUGACCAUCAAGUCCUUCAAGCCUCACUUUCACCUGGCCGGAGGGGUCAACCUGCCCAAGAUCAUUGACUGUGUGGGAUCAGACGGGAAGAGCAGACGACAACUGGUCAAGGGCCAGGAUGACCUGCGGCAGGAUGCUGUGAUGCAGCAGGUGUUCCACAUGUGUUCUAUGCUGCUGCAGCGCAACACUGAGACACGCAAGAGGAAACUCAACAUCCGACGCUACAAGGUGGUGCCCUUCUCCCAGCGUAGUGGGGUUCUAGAAUGGUGCUCGGGGACCGUCCCUAUAGGGGAUUUCCUCAUAGACCCACAAAAGGGCGCUCACACACGCUUCUGCCCCCAAGACUGGACCAGCAUAACCUGCCGGAAAAAGAUGAUGGAGUCUCAGAGGCUUGGUUCCGGUGGGAAGACCCAGGCUUUCAGUGAGGUGUGUCAGAACUUCCGCCCUGUCUUCCGGUACUUCUGCAUGGAGCGAUUCCUGGACCCGGCAGUGUGGCUGGAAAAACGGCUGGCCUACACUCGCAGUGUGGCCACUUCCUCCAUCGUGGGCUACAUUGUUGGACUGGGGGAUAGGCACAUUCAGAACAUCCUUAUAGACGAACAGACAGCUGAACUGGUGCAUAUUGAUUUGGGUGUAGCGUUUGAACAGGGCAAGAUUCUCCCAACUCCUGAGACUGUUCCCUUCAGGCUAUCCAGAGAUAUUGUGGAUGGGAUGGGCAUAACGGGGGUGGAGGGCGUUUUCAGAAGGUGA